UUUGUUAGUCCGAUGAAUGAAGCACAACGAUAUUUAUGCGCAUAUGUUAACUGCUAAAUAACCUCAAGAAACUUUCUUGGCAAAUAGCAGUAACAAGAUUAAUAAUUUAUAAAUUAGAAAGAAAUAUGGCUUGCAAUCUAUUGGAAAAUAAGGCAUUUCUUGAUGACAAUCAAUAUACUGAAGAAAACAUUGCUCAUUACGAGUUGAUUUUUGGCAAACAAUUUGUGUCCACUGGUGGCGAAACAACUCUCGAAGGAUUUGGACAAAAAUUGCAGCUUAAACCGGGGGAUAAUGUGCUUGAUUUCGGGUCAGGGUUGGGAGGGUCGGCAUUUUAUUUAGCAUCGACCCACGAGGUAAAUGUCUUGGGGGUCGAUCUCUCACAGAAUAUGAUUAUGAAAGCUAACGACUAUCUAGACGCUGCUAACCCUCAAAUUAAAAAACACGUACAGUUUGAACUGCGAGAUGUGAAUGAGCGUGGCUUUUCGCCAAAAUCAUUCGACUGUAUUUUCACCCGUGAAACAAUCGUUCACAUUCAGAACAAGCUGGAAUUAUUCAAAAACUUCCACGAAUGGCUGGUUGAGGGAGGAAAACUAUUAAUCAGCGACUAUUGUCUUGGGCCAAAUCCUUCCAGUCAUGAAUUUCAGGGUUAUAUAAAAAGUCGAAAUUAUAAUAUGAUUCCAUUAUCCGAAUACAAAGUUCUACUUCAAAAAGUGGGGUUUACUCAUGUGGAGGUGACAGAUAUGACGGAUAUUUGCAUUGAGAUUCUAAACCGUGAUGUCCAACGUCUUCACGCCAUGAAACAAGAGUUAUUGCUAAAAUUGUCUGUUGAAGAAUAUGAACACAUUGUUGCUGGAUGGGAAAAGAAGCUAAACCGGUGUUUAAAUGGCAACCAAGGUUGGGGAAUGAUUUUUGCAAAUAAAUGAUCACGUUUUAUUAUAAACACUAAAUUGAAAUUAUAUGCUGAUAUUCAAGGAUUGUCUAGCAUAGUAGCUCAUUAUUAAACUUAAUUCACCUGAUGUAGUACUCAAAAGCGUUGAUCAAGAAUCUCCUAACCACAUAAAAACAUUUUCAUUCAGUAAAUAGCAUAGCAUAGGAAUAUCUGUGUAUGUUACUCUAGAUAAAAGAUUUCGAGAGCAAUAAAUAAGUUAUACACCACAAAA